AUGAACGAUAUACAUAAAGUAAUCGAGUGUGUACCGAAUUUUUCUGAAGGUCAACGAAAAGAGGUUAUUGAUACAAUUGCUCAUGCAAUUGCAGGUGUUGAAGGAGUUGCUUUACUCGAUAUUGAUCCAGGGUUAUCAACAAAUCGAACAAUUUAUACGUUUGUUGGACAUCCACAAGCUGUCAUUGAGGCAGCACUAGCUGCAGGCCGAGCUGCCUAUAAUCUGAUUGAUAUGACAAGACAUAGUGGUGAACAUCCUCGAAUUGGUGCAAUGGAUGUUGUACCAUUUGUACCCGUACAAAAUGCAACAAUGGAGGAUUGUAUUGAAAUAGCACGUGAAUUUGCUGAUCGUUUAUCAAUGGAACUUAGUGUACCUGUUUAUUUAUAUGGUGAAGCACAAGAACAAGAAUAUCGUCGAGAUUUAUCUCAAAUUCGUGAGGGAGAAUAUGAAGCACUUUAUAGUAAAAUUCGAAAACCGGAAUGGAAACCUGAUUUUGGACCUACGGAAUUUAUUCCUUCAUGGGGUGCAACAUGUGUUGGCGCACGGAAAUUUUUAAUUGCAUAUAAUAUUAAUUUACUUGGUACAAAAGAACAAGCACAUCGUAUUGCAUUAAAUGUUCGUGAACAAGGAAGAGGCAAAGAUGAACCUGGUAAAUUAAAAUGUGUUCGUGGUCUUGGUUGGUGGCUUGAAGAAUCAAAUUUAGCACAAAUCUCACUUAAUUUAACCGAUUUUGAAAUAACAAAUAUUCAUACAGCUUAUACACAAUGUGUUGAAGAAGCUGAAAUCUUAUAUAUAGGUAUAUGUGGUUCACAAAUUAUUGGUCUUAUACCACUACGACCAUUAUUGUUAGCUGCAGAAUAUUUUAUUCAACAAGAAAAUUUAUUUAUUCUUGAUGAAGAUCAAAAAAUUCGUUUAGUUAUUCAACGUUUAGGUUUAAAUUCUAUUUCAACAUUUAAUCCAAAAGAUCGUAUUAUUGAAUAUAUUCUUCGUGAUCGUGAAGGACAUGAUGAUAGUAUACAUUCAAUGGAAAUAAAAGAAUUAAUAAAACAUAUUAGUGCACGGACAUUAGUACCUGGUGGUAGUUGUGUUACAUCACUUGUCGCAACACUUGGCACAGCAUUAAGUACAAUGUCUGCAUUACUUACAUAUGGAAUGAAAAAAUGGGAAUCAUUAGAACAAGAAAUGCGAGUUAUUAUUGUACCAUUACAUGUAGCAACAAAAACAUUGAUGAAUACAUUAGAUACAGAUACGGAAACUCUUAAUGCUUACUUAACUGUACAAAAAAUGGCAGAAACAAAUGAAGAAGAAAAACGUUUUAAACAAAUUACUGAAAAUCGUUGUUUACAACGAUAUCUUGAUGUUUCAUUAGAAAUUAUGCGUCAAAUUAAUGAAUUAUGGGAAUAUCUUCAACGAUUAGCACCAUUAUUUAAUAUAAAUACAAAAGCAGAUUUUCUUGUUGGAAUAAAAUGUCUUGAAACAGCAGCAUAUGGUACAUGUAAACGUAUUGAAAUAUUUUCUUCAUCAUUAAUUGAAAUUACUGAUAAUAUUCAUGAGAAUGAUACACAAACAAAAAUACCACAAAAAAAUUAUCGCGAAGAAGCAAAUACAUAUUUUCAAACAGCACAAAAAUAUGUUCAAAUUAUUUUAACCAUAGCUGAAUGUCGAAAUGAAUAG